AUGCAGCGGGUUGGUAGCGGUCUCCCCAGCGGGAGCCAGGUGGCAUCCCGCUGUCCCAGCGUGGCCCUUGCCCAACAGAACCAGGUGGCCACACUGCCCGUACGGCUCCUGAGGGACGAUGUGGUGACUGCGCAGAACAACGUCCAUGCAGAGAAUGGCUUCCAGAUGAAGGUGGAUGCCUGUGGCUUUGCCCCGGAGGAGCUGGUGGUGCAAGUGGACGGCCAAUGUCUGAUGGUGACCGGCCAGAGGCAACUGGAGGGCUGCAGCCCGGAUGGGGCUGGCUACCGUGUGGCGCAGAGGGUGCACCGGCAGAUGCAACUACCCCCGGACCUGGAUCCCGCCGCCAUGACCUGCAGCAUGACCCCUUCCGGCCAGCUGUGCGUCCGAGGCCAGUGCCAGGCGCUGCCUUCCCCGGAAGCCCAAAAAGGUCCAUCCCCGAGACUCCGAGGCCGUGGCUCUAAGAAGGGUCAACCUACCCUGACCCAGUAAACAACAAUCCUAGUGCGCAGCAGCAGCCUUAGUGUUCUGUGGUCUUUUCUUGGGAUUGGGAUCAAAGGUGGAGGCAUAAUGGAGGUAGAGAGAGGGCCAGUGGAGGGCUUAGGGAGGCAGGAAAAGCACUUUAUGGUGGUGGUCCACCAAGAAUCAGGCCUCUGUGGCCCCGGGAGGAGCUGGGUCCGGGGCUCAGUAGACCAACAGCCCAGUGCUGGGCAAAUGACAGCAGCAGCUCCAGCAGGGAGCAGCAGAGGGCCAGGAUGGCAGCGGGGGCACCAGGCUCCACAACCAGCAGAGGGCCCCGACAGACCAGAAAUCAGAUAGAUACGAAGACUGGAC